UGUGUAAAGUUUAAUUUUACGACUCGAUUUCUACAAUUUUUCGUUUCCCUUUUAAAAAAAUUAUACGUAAGAACGAUUGUAAUUGAUCACAAUAUCUGUAAUGUAUGAUACUUUAAUUUCACGACUCGUUUUCGACAAUCUUUCGUUUGCUUUUUCUCUACCCUAACAUUUAGGUAUGUACUUAUGUUGCUUUAAAUGCAAAAGAUACAACAUUAAUAAACGAUAGCUAAAAAGAAGAAUAUAUAUUUGGUAUAUUGCUUGAUUUGAACUUUGGAAAUCAGUUGAAUCGAAGGAAUAAACAUUACCCGCCUUCCAAAAUUAGAUAUACACGUGGAAGACGAUCGCGAUAACUUGUAUCCACUUGCAUACACGAGUCGUCAAGUUAAUAUAAUACGUUAUGCGUUCGCCAAUCAGCGGUAAUUUGACUCAACGUAAGGGUGGAUCGCUUUUAUAGUCGUGCUUGCUGCAUAGUGAUUUAGAUACGUAGACCGUAAUGACGGGCGCCACAGACGGGCGGAGCUCCGUCACGUUUCUUGCCUUUCCAGAGGGGCAAGGGAAAGAGUGAGAGAAAGACAAAAAAAAAGGGAGUGAUACUCCCUCGGGAUACGAACGAGGGUGCGGGAGACACACGCGCGCGCCAUGGCAAGGACCGAUCAUCGACGUCAUGCGACGUAACUCGUAACCGAGAACGGGGGCUGCCCCGGAUACGGAGUACGCCUUGAGACGGGAAGCGAGGAAGCGAUCCGGCAACCCGCGGAGCGAUGUACGCCGCGGCGGGUGGUGCGAGCAUCGCCAAUCGGAGGAAGCAGAAGCGGCUGCAGCUCAACAAGCAGGCGCCGGUCAACGUCGUUCCGCCAAGACUGAAGACCGGCUUACCGCUCGGCGCGCGUCACCAGCAUCAGCAUCAGCAUCAGCACCAGCACCAGCAUCAGCACCAGCAUCAGCAUCAGCACCAACACCAGCAUCAGCAUCACCAUCAGUAUCAUCAGCACCACCACCACCACCCGACCAAGCUCGCUGCCCGUCCGCACCAACAAGUCGCAUCAGCACCGCAAGUCCCGCGAGGGCAACACCAGGCGCCGACGUCGACGUCGUCGUCGUCCGCCGCGUUCCAUCCGGUUAUCGACGACCGGCGCCGCCAUCACAGGUCUCAGCAAGUCGCCCCGGUCUCGCCGAUCCAGUUCCCGAUCUCGCCGCCCCCGCUCUCCCUCGAAUCCUCGGCGUCCGCCACCACCACCUUCCCGGCCAACAAGAGCAAUUUUCCCUUCCCGCCGCCCUCGAUCCUCGAUCUCCGAGUCUCGCCUCCUACGGAGCUACAGUGCGGCGUUCAGGGACCUGGCGGCAAGGCAGCGUGGCAAGGAUGCAACAGACCUUCGCCCCUUCCCUUAUCUCCUACAUCGCCCGGGUAUCACGCGGAUGGCUACAGCAAAAGCCAAACGAAGCAGUGCGAAGCACAUCGGCGAUGGAUGAAAAGAAACAGGAUAAGAGACGCCAGUUACUGCUACGGAAGCAGCGGCGAGGACGACGAGGAAGAUGACAGUAACGCCAUUCGCCUGCAGCGGGGCGAGGUCAGCGCGGCGGUCAACACCGUGCUCUACGUGGGUUUGGGGACCACCGCGCUCGGUUUAGUUAUCUCGUUCGUCGGCACCGGGGAGAAGGGAUUCCUGAGCCCGCAGCUGAGGCUGGUCGGCCCGUCGUUACUGUGCGCCGGUCUGCUGUGCUGCCUUUUCCGCGUGUUGCUGUGCCUCUGCCUGUGCCACUGCGGUCAGUGCGGUCGCUGGCGAUUCUGUCACGUCGACUCGCACAAGGAGAAGGCGAGGAAAGCAGACGCGCGACCGGGACCGGGAACGUUAUCGACCGCCUCGCUGUUGCCGCCGUCGACGCAACAGGAACGAGGAGAACGGCCGGUCGCGCCGACGAGCCGCUCCGUGUCGCCGGCGACCAAGGGACACGAGCUUCUGCUCUCACCUGCCCAAUUACCGGAGUGAAGAACAACGUGAUCGCGCACGCCACGGACAUUUUCUACCGAAUGAAUUCUAUAUACCGUAAACGCCGAUUUACUGCCGGGCUCGCGCCCGAUUACACGAUCCUA